GAGAAAAAAUAACUAGUCUCUCGCCUCCCCUCUUCACUCUCUUAAACACUUCCCUCUUACUAAUUCAUCUCACUUCUUCUCAUCGAAAGACAGAAAGACGAGGAGGCAACAAAGGGAAUUCGAAAUUGUGGAGAUAUCGCUUCGCCUAUCUAUAUAAAAAAUUCUUCCUCGCUGCUUUCUUGAUUGUCUAGCUAGGUUUGUUGUGAUAAAUCAAGUAAAACCUAAAAAAAAUGUCGUCAAACACUCAUUCACCGUGCGCUGCGUGCAAGUUUCAACGGCGAAAAUGCACGCAAGAAUGCGUGUUCGCCCCCUAUUUCCCACCAGACCAACCUCAAAAAUUCGCAAACGUUCACACGGUUUACGGUGCGAGCAACGUCGGCAAGAUCCUGAACGAACUCAAUGUUGCAUACCGUGAAGAUGCGGUGACGUCAUUGGCCUAUGAGGCAGAGGCUCGUCUUCGGGACCCGGUGUAUGGUUGUGUUGGUUUCAUCUCAUUUCUCCAGAACAGGCUUAAGCAAGUCCAGACUGAUCUCUACAAUGCCAAGAAAGAUCUGUAUGCCUAUGUUGGCCCUCAGGCAUUGAUGAUCCCUCUGUUGGGGGCUACCACUGGCCCUCCGCCCCAGCAGGGCUGCAGGGGAGGCCAGCUUUUGAUUCGCGACCAACAUCAGCAGCAAUUGUUCGAGGCUCAUCAGCAAGAGCUUGUCAGGUUCAAUAUCAAUGGGAUGGACGCCGCAGCGAGUUUGGUUAAUGGAAAUGGGUUUAGUCAGAUUCCCGCAGCUGCUGCUAGUACCGGUGUGGUGUCUGGUUCAUUGGGUUUGGGUGGAGCUUUUGAUAAUAACCAUUAUAACCAGAUCCAACAAGAAGCAGCUGCACAUCACCAGAAUUCCCUAGACCAUCAGCUUCAGGCUCGGCUGAUGCUCCAACCACACCCGGCCCAGGAAUCACAGCAGAAAUCAGAAGGCGAGGAGAGUUGAGAUUCUCCAUUGCAUGCCUGCCUUCUUCAAUAAACAAUUGCCCAUCCUUGUUUAAUUUGUAAGUCCAGCACAGAGGUGAAGAUACAUACUGAAAGAUAACUCCAUUUAUGAGACUCCACUAAGAUGUGCAAGUGUAGCCAGACACUAUAAGUUGGUGAGGGAUUGGUUUCGAGCUUAAAGAAAAACUCUGAUUGGUGAUGUGAUUGAAUUGUAAAAUUAUGUUCUUGAGCAAAGACUUUCUUCCGAUGUGCAUUCUCCAUUGGUUUUCUAGUUAUUACUUAUGUUGUAGCAGUGGUUGGCUGGUUGGUUUUGACAUUUUGCAACGACAAUUGUUGUUAUUGGUAAUAAGCAGUAGUUAAUCGUUGUAGUAGUUCUUAGAUCCCACUUAAUGUGACAGUCGUACUAUGUGUUCUGGAGGUCCUAUAUAUGUUUUUAACAAAUAAGAGACUUUCAUCAUGUAUUAAGAUGA